CAAUCGCAUGCGUCGCGUCAAACUACAAAAGGUCAACGGGCCCCCCAAACCUUGACUUUAAUCACCGCUCAACUCCAUCUCCCACUCGACAACCCAACCAACCACAGCAUCAAUCAAACCAAGGCUCUUUCAGCUUCUUUUCAGAGCAUCAUCAACUUUCGACUUUUUUUUCACCCAACCUCACAAAAAAAACCUUCAAAAUGCCCCCCAAGGCCGCUGACAAGAAGCCCGCCUCCAAGGCCCCGGCUACUGCCUCCAAGGCUCCCGAGAAGAAGGAUGCCGGCAAGAAGACUGCCGCCUCUGGCGACAAGAAGAAGAGGACCAAGACCCGCAAGGAGACUUACUCUUCAUACAUCUACAAGGUCCUCAAGCAGGUCCACCCCGACACUGGUAUCUCCAACCGUGCCAUGUCCAUCCUGAACUCUUUCGUCAACGACAUCUUCGAGCGUGUUGCUACCGAAGCUUCCAAGCUUGCCGCCUACAACAAGAAGUCAACCAUCUCAUCUCGUGAGAUCCAGACCUCGGUCAGGCUUAUCUUGCCCGGUGAGCUUGCCAAGCACGCCGUGUCUGAAGGUACCAAGGCUGUUACCAAGUACUCUUCAAGCACCAAAUAAAUCAAGCGCUUGUCUUUUGGUUUUCUGUUUAGCUCUUUUUCCUUCAUCCUUUUGGGCAUGGGUAUUUUUCUUUUGACAUGGGAGUCAUGAUGGGUUGGUAAGCGGGUUGGCCCACCUCGUUUGCCUCCUAAUGCUUUUACGGUACUGGUUGCGUCUGUUUUUAUUGGGGAUCACUUUUUCAGGUCACGGGGUUUCGCGGCUGUACAAUACCUUGAGACUUGGGGAUUAGGGAGAAUAAAUCCUGAACACAUGACAUCUAAUCAUUCUAUUCG